CGCCAGCACCCACCAUCCCAGCCAGCCUCGCCAGCCCCCACCAACCUCGCCAGCCCCCGCAUGCCUGUGACCUGUGCCCCUCAGGCAGCUAGGUCACCAGAGGAUCGACCUAUCCCCAAUGCACUCAAGCAUAUAUGGAGGUGCAAGGCGGAGGUUCUGUGGGCCAAGGUGGGGCCUUAUCAGCUAUACACAGCUGACUUUAUAAGCCUGGCACCUGGUAGGAAAUUGGUGUGUGAGAUAAUCAAUGGUUACCUCACACAACACAGUCAGUCGAAGAUGAGGGUCAUCAACUCAUAUGAGAUGACAUCCAUCUUGAACAGAACAUAAAGGGGGAUGAGAAUGCUUGACGUGUUGGACUGGCAUGUACUGAUUGGGGUCGUCUGCAAGGAUCAUCAUUGGACUUUAGUCAGACGGUCCCUCUUUAUUGACCCAUUUGGAGCCACCGAACAUCAGAUAAAACAGUGCAGGGAUUCAACAAGGGCCUUCAUUUGGGAAAAAAAAUGUAAAUAUCUCUCGCUGGACCUGCAACACAAUCACGCAUCCCCGCCAGCAGGAUUCCACGUCAUGUGGAGUAAUAAUUUGCAAAAUAGCAGAGCUUCUGCUGAAAGGGGAGCCUAUCAUUUUCCCAGUUAAUGAAAUGGGAAUCGACCGAAUAAGAAGGGAAAUGGCCCAUGCCCUACUGGACCACUCUGACAACAUGGCGGAUUUGUGCCGAUUCUGUGGCAAGAGCAACAUGAGAGAAGGGGGCCCUUCAGAGACACCUAUGGAAAACUGGACUGAAUGUGAUGCCUGUCACAUGUGGUUUCACAUGGUUUGUGUCAGGGACCCAAGCUUGCAGCAGGAGUGCCUGUGCCUUGGCUGCAAGUAAAGCUCCACCAACUCCACCCUCUUUGCUGCCCUACAUAGGCUGGCCAGCUAGUACCACCAUGGAUAAGAGAACUACUGUCAGCGACAUCACGACUGUUCUGUUCUUUUUUUAAUUGAAUCGUAAAAACACAAAGGAAUGUGUUAAAAAUAAAUGUUUUGAACGGCUGCUUAUUUGUGUUCUGAGCCAUCACAGUACAGACACGGUGAACAGACACUGCGGUCACAAGUUGAUCUGGCCUGCUUCUGCAGCCAAGGGGCAGCUGUGUGUCUGCUGUAAAGAGUGAAAUAGUUGAUAUAGCGGGAGUCCACUGUGGUUCUGUUGGCUUGUUGAGUUACGGACAGGGUUGGAGUUUUUUUUUCCCUCACUGAGUACGAGUUCGAGUCUCGUACUGUAUUUAUUUAUCUAUUUUCAUUUUUCAUUUCAAAGGGUUCCAUAGUUCGCCUAUGUGAUGCAUGUUUAUUCAAUCAAACAGCAAAGAUGAGUCACUGCAUUUUAUUAAUAUUUAUUAGAGAUACACAUUCAAAGGAAGAGCAGCUCUCCCUUUUCCUGUUUACAGCGACUUCCGUAACAACCAGCAACAAAACAACGACUGACAGUCAGCCACACACUUACUCAAACAGGAGGCCGAACACAUAUCAGGUAUGUUUUGUACAGAGAAAACCUGAACAAAAAGGCUUAACCGAGAACAGCUACGUCUUCUCUUCCCGUUUUCAACAUCUGGUGUAGCUAUGGCGACCAGACACAUUCGGCUCACGGUCGCCAGUUAACAUAGCCCCGCGUUAAUCCGAAACACCGGAGAGGGAAAUCCACAAGCCCCGUCCGAGGAGGAGGAAAAUACCGCGUUAAAUCCACAAGCUUCAGACGAGGAAAAUCGUCAAACUGCGGAUGUUCCGGCAUCCCGAGAUCCCGAACCGCUGACGGAGGAACGCGAAGAGGGAGUUGGAGAGUUUGAACCUCGGUCAGAAUCGUCUCCUCAACACAGGCGUCGUGUCUGGAGAGCCGGAGCAAAGGCGUCAUGGAGAUGGCUGGUGAACAAACGAUUAAGAAGGAAGCUGGCCAGAGCAUCUAACUGCGUUCACAAUCAGUUCAUCCUUCAAAAAAUCCUUGGUACACAGAUUGCAGCGAACCGGACCUAUGUUAAGAUAGCUGAAAUCAUAAACUCAUAAACUUUAGGGGGUUAAAAUAUGUCUGAUCCACACUGUAUUCCAGAUGCACUGCUUGAAGCUAUAGAUGAAUUAAAUAGAGACUCUGACUGUGGACAACAACCGACUGACCCUAACCUGAACCCUGACUUACUUCAAAUGAUAGAAAACAGUCUCCACCACAUUCAUCAAAACCAUCAUACUGUACAGAAUGAGUUUUCUCAGCUGCAGCAACAGCAGCACGGCGGGUCUCUGGUAGAGCCAGCUUCUCCCAAUCAGAACGAGUCAGCUUCUCAAAAUCAGAAUGAAACUGUGCUGCAACGCGGGCAUUUUAACAAUCUGGAUAUAAGACGUGUCUUUAACAUUCCUCCUCUCGGAGAAGUACCUGAUCUUGCUCAAUUUUAUUUAGACGUGCGCAACUUUGCGGAUUUAGCGGAGAGAGUCAGACCCAAGGUUAGACGUAACAACGUCGUACAGAUUGAGAUAAUAGCUGAAAAUGCGCGAGAUCACAUCAUUGUUAGAUAUGACGAGCAGGAGGAUAACAUCGUGACGGCUUUUGAGGGGGUGUUAGCGAGGUUAAUACAAUCUAACGCACAGAUCAACGAAGGCUCCCCUUUAGAAUUUGUCAUUCAAGUGAUCCGAAACCCUCGAGGCGGUGGUAGACAAAAGCAGUAUAAACCGUUAGAUAAUGAAAUCAUCGACCUGAAACAACCGCGCCUGUGCGUGGUAGAAAACAAAAACAACAACCUCUGCUUCGCUGUCAACUUGGCUCAUCUCACCCAUCCUCAUUUCACCGAUAACCAAGCCCUGGAGCGCAGUAAAGAGUUGCAACGGUUGGCGGGUCUGGGCGAUCAAACGGAAGUAACCCUGAGCGACGUUGGCAAAUUUGAACAGAUACUGAAUCGCAAAAUUGUGGUAUAUUACCGACAGUCGGAGAACCGGACUCUUUCACUGCUUGAAACAGAUUUUCCCAAUACGUCUCACCCGUUGUAUCUUUUCUUGUUUCAAAACCACUACUACGGUGUAAAAAAUCUGAAAGCUCUUUCAGGAGUCAGACACGUCUGCCAUCACUGCCACAGGGGUUACAAGUCCCGAGAGAAACAUGCCUGUCCUAAUCACUGCAAUCUCUGCCUGGAGCCUGACUGCGUUACGCAUUAUUCCGACGCUGUAUUCUGCACAGACUGCAACAGGAGUUGCCGUACACACGCGUGUUUCUGGAAACACAAACAGCCCAGACCUUUCUCUCAUUCCAAUCUCAGCAUCUGCCAACAGAUGUACAAAUGCCCAGACUGUAAACAUCUCGUCUCACGUCACGAGGAACAUAAAUGGCUAAUAGAUGUAGAAUCUGCGGAGCAGAGCGUCCUCCUCACAGCGACAUAAACAGCGACCAGCACCUGUGUUACAUCAGGCGUCUGGAACCUGAAACAGACCACGUUGACGGUAUAUUCUUUUACGAUUUUGAAACAUUUGUGAACCAGGAGGGUGUGCACGUACCUUAUCUGGUGUGUACAAAAUCGCUCGCCGGCGAGGAGUGGCACGCAUACGGUCCAGACUGCGUUCAAAAGUUUGUCCAAAAAUUCAGAAAGAAAAGACAGAGAGGCUACAUUCAUUGCACUCAAUGCCAAGGGAUUUGACAGUUACUUGAUUCUCAGUUACCUGAUGGGAGAGGGUAUGACGCUCUCUAUCAUCAUGCAAGGUAGUAAAAUUAUCAGCUUCACAGAAUCCGAUUUCCGGUUAAGAUUUAUCGACUCCCUGUCUUUCCUCACCAUGCGUCUCAGCGCUAUGCCUAAGGCGUUAGGUUUUGAGGAUAAAUCCAAGGGUCAUUUUCCUCAAAAAUUCAGCUCAGAGAAACGAUUACAGUACGUAGGUCCCUACCCCCCUCCCCCCGAUUAUGGGGUAGAGCGCAUGUCCUCCGCUGAGCAGGAAGAGUUUCACGCUUGGUACAGAGAGGUCUCUCGAGGUGUUUUUAACUUUGAAAAAGAAGCUCUGUGCUACUGUCAAAAUGACAUUGAUAUUCUGAGGGAGGGUUGCUUGACAUUCAGAGAUCAGUUUAUCGACGAAACACGCGUGGACCCCUUCAGCUGCGUUACCAUAGCCUCUGCAUGCAUGAAAGUGUUUCUCACCAAUUUCCUGACCGAUAACACUCUGGCCAUACCUUCACCCGACAACUACAGACGUCACUCCAAAACAUACUCAAACUCCUCCAUCCAAUGGUUGGAGUGGGUAGCGUAUUCUGAAAGAAUCUGUAUUCAACACACUUUAAAAACAGGAGGGGAAAAGAAAAUAGGCCCGUACUUUGUAGGUGGUUAUGCUGAGAGAGAGAGGGUGAGAAAUGGGUCUGGGAGUUCCAGGGUUGUUUUUUUCAUGGGUGCCCGUCGUGCUAUCGGUCUGAUGAAAUCUGUCCUCUGACCAACACUUGUUACGUGGAUCUGCAUGCGGCUAGUGAGUCUAGACUCUAGGAGCUGAGAAACGUUCACAGUGUUCAUACAGUAGUGAUGAGGGAGCAUAAAUGGAACGAGAUGAAAACAUCAAUUGAGCGGGUAAAAAAGUUCUUGGAGAGCUACGUUUCUCCCGAACCGCUGUCCCCUCGUUCGGCCCUGUACGGAGGUCGGACUUCGGCCUUGAGGUUACGGUACAGUACGCCGCCUGGAGAAAGCGUGCAUUAUGUAGACGUCACUUCCCUGUACCCAUAUGUCAACGCCAACUGCUCUUAUCCUUUACAGCACCCUAAAAUCACCUGUGAGGAUUUUAACGAUUCCCGCGAGUAUUUUGGAAUUUGUAUCAGCCGGUCCCAAGAGUUAUGCCUACCAGAUCAGAACCAAGAAAAAAGUCGCCGUAAAAAUGAAAGGUAUAACGCAAACUCGAGAGUGUUGUGAACAGAUCAACUUUGACAGUGUGAGAGGGCUGGUGGAAGGCUACCUCGAUGGUAUGAAGGAGGCGGUGCUUGAGACCCCUCAGCAUGGCAUCAGAAGGGAUAAAAAAAGGAUUUCUGCUGAAAAACUCCUAAUUUCAGAAAAAGAUCCGGGUGGUCUACGAUAAGAGAUGUCUCUUCCUGGACGGGACGACUCUACCGUUUGGUUAUUAGGUAUUUUAUUUUAUUUUUGUAUUUGUUUUUUUUAUUUUCCUGAAAAAUGGAGGAGAUUGAAUAUGACCCUAGACUAAAAGUGUCUUUGUCAUGUCUGAUUGUAGGACCCAGCGGGUCUGGUAAAACUCAUUUUGUAAAAUUUGUACUGGAAAACUGUGAACAUGUGAUGAAUACUGUACCUGAGAAUAUUGUGUGGAUUUAUACUUCUUUUCAGCCCCUGUAUGCCGAAUUGCAGAAAACGAGUAAAAAGAUAAAAUUUG